AUGGACUUGGAGAAACGAUUCAGGGAAUUGGACAAAAAUAAGGAUGGUGUUGUGACACUUGAAGAAAUGAGAAACGAGCUUAAAGAUCAAGGUUAUCCUGAAUUUUUGGCACAAAAAUUUAUGAGUCAGUUCGAUGUGGAUGGAAAUGGAAGUAUUACAAUGGAAGAAUUCAUCGAAACUCUUUCGCGUACCGACAACGGGUUGGCCGAAUGA